UAAUUUCCACGAAACGGUAGUGGGGAUGGUUGACCAUGGAUGACAGUGCAAAUCAGAGUGGGUCACAUUUGUAUAGUACUGCUCACAGUGUAAGUACUAUUUUGAGUAACGGGUGUUCCAUACAGUGUGUGGUGACUCCGCUGAUAAUUUGUAUCAGCUGAUCCGUAUAAUUAAAAUAUCAGAAUAACCCCGAUUGUGUAAGAGAAAAUAAUUUAACAUGCGCCUACGUAACGCGUGUUGGAAGUACCAAUAAUAACGUAUGUAUGUGCGAUAACCUGUACUGUACUGAUUACACGAUGGCUACGGGGAAGCGAAGAAGUGUGCACAGUACGCUUGGCAGUUCCACGAUGUUUGGCUCAACGGCGAGUAAUAUAAGGUCGAGUCGUUUGAAUUUUCGUCCAAAUUCGUCACAAGAAGACAGAGGCGGAACUCGACCGACCGCUGCCCCCAGUUCCAUAGGUCUCAUUCUCGUAACGAUGUUUUUACAUGUUUGCAAGAAAUCAUUAUUAUUCGAUACAAGACUCAAGGUUGCUAUAUAUUGCGGUGCGAUAUUUGUAGUAUCGAUCAUAGCAGACUUUAUGACAAUGCCAAGAACAUAUUUUUCGCGUUCAGAUAACGCGCUAAACCAAUAUUUUGUGAAGUGGGGAUGGGGGUGGUUGCUGACUGUAACUGUUCCAUGGGUUGCAUUAACUGCGCACACUCUCGGUUGCGGCCGUAGGUCCAUCUUGCUCAAGAAUCUUGCCAGGCUGGGUCUAGCGACGAUCGCAUGGUUAUUAUGGAUCAAAUUGUUUAACUACAUCGAAACGAAUUAUGGUCGAUGCCUCAGCACGAAGAACAUACAACUACAAACGAAAACAAAGUGCCUUCAGUCUGGCAGAUUUUGGAGUGGUCUAGAUAUAUCUGGACACACGUUCAUCCUAAUCUAUUCAAGUUUAAUUCUAGCGGAAGAGGGCUCUUCGUUAGUCGGAUGGGAAGGUAUAAAAGAUUUAAUCAUGCGGGAAGAACAUUCACGAAUUACUCCGAACGAACCUAACAACGGACCACUCCGGAAUUUGUCGAACAAUGACUUAGAAUUCUUGAAGAAGGCGCACAAGGCUCUUACACCGUAUCUCAGAGGCCUUUUCGUUGCAAUGACGCUACAGCAAUUAUUGUGGGACAUUAUGUUGAUAUCCACGUUGCUCUAUUAUCAUAUUAUGAUUGAAAAGUUUCUCGGCGGCGUGGCUGCAAUUUUAACAUGGUACGUCACGUAUCAGUGGUGGUACAAAACGACGAAAAAUUCAUUACCCCCCCCUGGCGACGGUUUAUUCAGAUAUAAUGAAAUAAAGGUUCACGAUAACAGUUCGGUCAGGUCGAGACGCAGCACUUUGAAUGGUACAAACAGAUUUAUGGGACUUCCAAUUCGUACGAAUCAGGAUAAUAACGAUACGAAUAAUGUCAAUAGACAAUCAGACGUUGAUAUAACUACGGCUAGAAUAUAAAAAUUAUUUAAAUACUCCUAGUUUUUUUUUAUUGGUUGAAUUGGUCAGAAUUGUUGAUACUUUUUAGGUGGCUUUCUUAUUUAUAUAUACAUAUUACAUGAAAAUGUAAGAUGUCCCGAAAGUAAAACGUUUCCCCAAAUGUUAUGGUAGACUUACUUUUUUAUUUUACGAUGUAUCAUCAGGAAGAAAUUUAUUGACCAUGAACAACGAUUCACUUUGGGAAAACGGUUUUUCUUAAAGUGUCAGGGUAACUAUAUAUGCCAAAUACAUAUUUAAAAUUGUCAAUAAGGUUUUAUGCAUUUUUGGUGAUAUUUUGUUUAAAUGAAAAGUAAGUAUUUCGUACAAUUGCCUUUUCUUGAGGUGUCUACAAUGGUAUGAAUGAACGAAGUACUUGUUCGUCUUCUACCUCUGUAUGGAUUGUUUAACCAAUCACAUUAAAUUAUUAUAUUUGUUUUAUUAUUUGUAUUUAAUAAAUUUUAUUGUUCACAAAGUGUCUGUACCAUUAGUCGAUAAGGAGCUUGUAAUACGAAUUUAAUAUAAUUUGUUGUCGAAAGUACAAAAUACAUUGUCACAUCCGUUUCGUAUGUUUUCCUUUUUCAUGUAUUUAUCAGAUUUUAUGUACUCUACCACUGUUGUAUGUAGGAUUUAAUUUACUAGCCUAUAAAAAGUUGUAUAAAAGAAUACAUUUUUUCUUAAUAGUCUUCAGUGUUACUACGUUCGUCCAACAAAUUUCAUUCGUUUAGCGUAAUUACUAUUCUAAGAAUAAUAUAAAAUCUGAUAGUAUAGAUACUUGUUUUGAAUGAUUUUUGGUGAAAUUGUUAUGACUUCACCCUUUUGAUGUGCUAUAAAUAUAACAUAAAAAGCAGUAGUAUAAGGUAACACACACUAUUAUAGUGUACUUAUGUUCUGUUAUAUUAAAUUCAUGUUUCUCCCUUAAUUUAAAUCGUCUUAUCAGAUAGUUAUUGAUCUACUUUCAUUAACGA